AUGGACUACGACGCCAUGGACAUAGAGCCCCAAGGGCCCCAAGUCACCGUCCGCGAAGCAGAGCCAUACCGAGUCGACUUCCGCCUCAGCUCCGUCGACCUCGCCUUCGCCAACUCCUUCCGUCGCACCAUCCUCGCCGAAAUCCCCACCGUCGCAAUAGACGUCGUCGAGAUAGAAGUAAACACCUCCGUCCUGCCCGACGAAUUCAUCUCCCAUCGUCUCGGCCUGAUACCCCUCUGCUCGAAAAACUGCGACACGGACAUGCUGUAUUCGCGAGACUGCGACUGCGAAGCCGGCUGUGCGCGCUGCGUCAUCAACCUCUCACUACAUGCAAAAUGCACCACGGAGGAAAUCAUGAAAGUGUAUGCCAGGGAUCUGGUUGUUGUAGGCGACCGCGCGAACGAGUGGGUUGGCAAUCCCGUGGUUACGGAUCCCGAGGGGAAAGGGCCGAUUAUAUGUAAGCUUCGAAGAGGGCAGGAGGUCAAGUUCAAUUGUAUUGUGAAGAAGGGUAUUGCAAAGGAACAUGCCAAGUGGGCGCCGACGGCGGCGGUUGGGUUCGAGUAUGAUCCGCAUAAUAACCUGCGUCAUGUGGAUUACUGGUUCGAAGAGGACCCCGUCAAGGAAUGGCCAUUAUCUGCGAAUGCAGGAUGGGAAACAGCCCAGCCCAAGGACCUCCCGUUCAACUACGAUGCUACCCCCAACACAUUCUACAUCGAUAUAGAAAGUAUAGGAAACCUCGAACCCGACGCAGUGGUGCAGCAGGGUAUCAUCAUGAUGCAACGGAAGCUCGCUGAGAUCAUUUCCGGCUUGACGGGUUCCGAUGGACAGGGCGGCAUGGUUAACGGUGGAGUCGAUCAGGACGGUGCUGGCGCCAGGAGUCCGGAUGCAUAUGAGCCUCCGGAAGGUAUCGAUGGCGGGUUCACUGCCUACGGGGGUGCGAAUGGAGCUGGCCCUGGUGCUGGGCCGAGUGCCGGCGGGAGUGGGAGCGUCUGGGGCGGGGCAGGUGGUGCGACGCCGUACGGUGCGACGCCUUAUGGUCAGGGAUACGGCUUUUAA